ACCCUUGCCGACUACAACAUUCAGAAGGAGUCUACUCUGCAUCUCGUCCUCCGUCUGCGUGGUGGUAUGCAGAUCUUCGUCAAGACACUGACUGGAAAGACCAUCACGCUGGAGGUCGAGUCUUCGGAUACUAUUGACAACGUCAAGGCAAAGAUUCAGGACAAGGAAGGUAUUCCUCCAGACCAGCAACGUCUCAUCUUUGCGGGCAAGCAGUUGGAAGAUGGCCGUACUCUUGCCGACUACAAUAUCCAGAAGGAGUCGACACUUCACUUGGUGCUCCGUCUGCGUGGUGGUAUGCAAAUCUUCGUCAAGACUCUCACCGGCAAGACGAUUACUUUGGAGGUGGAAUCAAGCGAUACCAUUGACAACGUAAAGGCGAAGAUUCAGGACAAGGAGGGUAUCCCUCCUGACCAGCAGCGUCUCAUCUUUGCUGGUAAGCAACUUGAGGACGGCAGGACGCUUGCCGAUUACAACAUCCAGAAGGAGUCCACGCUCCACUUGGUGCUCCGUCUACGUGGCGGUCAGUAA